GUCAGCGCGCUCUCCGGACGUUCAGCCUGAUUCCGGGAUCGAAUCUUUUUGAACCGGCUCCGUGAGAAGGCGCUGUGACGGACUCACGCUGUCACUAACGUGUUUUCAACAGCCACCAUCGAUCCCCUCGCUCUCACAUCAGGUCACAGCUGCUUCCUGCUCGAGUGCUUCAGUAGUGGAGGAGUUUCAACCCUUCACGGUGGCUGUCACCUGACACCCAGGGAAGAAUCGUUCACAACAACAGGGUCGUUCGUGCGUCGCCCUCGCUGCUGCCCGGAAAGCUAGUGUCAGUCAGCUGGGAGGUCUCCGUCAGUGGCUAGUGUCUGUAGCUGCACCGGGGAAACAACUGCUGGGAUCGUAUCCAGGAUAAGCAGCCGCGAGUGGAGGGAAAUUGACGGGAAGUGGCAGAGUAGAGAUGGAAGGGGAUGACUGCAGUUUUCCUCCAGAUUCAUCAGAUGAUCUGUCACAAAGAGGAAGCGUUGCUUCUUCAGCAACUCUUUCCCGGGCUCAAGAUGUGCUCAUAUACCUGUUUGGUGAGAGUGCAGUCCACUUAUCUGUAGAAGGGCUCGGCAGUGUCACUGUGCAGGAGCUGGGCCGAAGUGUUCAUGAGGCUCUCAAUAUUCCUGAGUCUGCACAUGAUGCUUUUGCCUUCUGGUUAUGUUCUCCACUGCUCGAAUUGCAGUUAAAAGUGAGACAUCAACCAUACAAGCUGUGUCGGCAGUGGCAAGACCUGCUGUAUCGCUUCACUGAGGCCUCACAGGAAGACAUUUCACAAGAUGAGCCGUAUCUCCAAUACAGACGGAAUGUGUUUUAUCCUAAACCAAGAGAGCUGCAGAUCAAUGAUGAGGUAGUCUUGAAACUUUUGUACGAAGAGGCCAGGAACAACAUCCUCUCAGGUCGAUACCCCUGUGAUCCCGAGCACUGGAUGAGUCUUGGAGCCUUGUCUCUUGCUCUUGAAGAGGGAACUGGUCUAGACGGCCAACAGUUUACUGCUACUGUAAGGGAGAAGAAGCUGUCCUCUUAUCUGCCUGCACACGUCACCAUGGGGAGCGGAGGUUUACUCUCCACUCUGAGAGGGAAGUCGAGUCGUCUGGCAGGGUUGGAGCAGAACCUGUUGGAGGAGUACAAAAAGAUCUGCACAUCUGCUGCAAACCCUCCUGAGCCCACACAGCUCCUACACCAGUACCUCAACACAUGUCACACUCUGCCUUAUUAUGGGUGUGGUUUCUUCUUUGGUGAGAUUGACAAACCAGCGCAAGGGAUCCUCCAAAGGGGAAAGCGCAAAGCUGUCAAUGUUGGGAUUUGCCUGGAGGGGGUUUAUGUGAUGGAUGUCAAAGAGAAGCAUGUUCUGCUCGGCCUGCGUUUCAGCCAGCUCUCGUGGGACCACAGCUACCCAGAGGAGGAGGGGGACUCACACAUUCUGUGGCUGGAGUUUGAUGGAGAGGAAGACGGAACUCCAGUCAACAAACUGCUAAAGAUCUAUUCAAAACAAGCAGAGCUGAUGAGCGGCUUCAUCGAGUUCUGCGUGGAGCUGAAGUCUGCGUCUGAGGGUGCAGCUGCAGCUGAAAUGGACGGCGAGGUGAGUCAGUCUCCGCAACAAGCGGGACAAGAUGGCAGCAACAAGAACGGACGUGGAGGGCGGCGUGGGAUGCUACACAGGCAAAACAGUGUUGUGUGCAGUCGGGUCCAUUCGCUCAACACUAUCAGCUAUGUGGACACUGGAAAAGAAAUCAAACGCUUGAAGCCAAAAAGAGCUGCGUCCUUCUUCACUCGACAGGCGUCUGCAGCCACGUACUCCGCUGUGCAAGUGACAGAGAGUCUGGAGCAGGGUUAAACUCACUGAUCUGCCCUGUUCGUCUCAAAGACCAAAAACGUGAACAUUUUACACUGAGAUUUAAAGAAAAGACUUGAUACGAGCUCUAGACAUUUAAGCGAUAAUAUAUGAACAUGUAGAGGACCAAGCGAGGGAUUUAAGUGUGUGAGACAAUAUUUAUCUUUUGACGUUUUGUAUAUUAAGAGAGUACAGCAAUGUGAAAAACAAAAAAGCUCUAUUAACAGCUAUGCUUAUGAGGUUAAACUGAAGUGGCUAUUAAUGAGAUGGCCUUACAUAAUAGAAAUAUUCUCUGAGCAUUAUAUGAGGGACCUCCUUCAUAAGUCUGGGACAUGCCUUAGAGAAACCCUCAGAUGAUGACUGUAUGAUAUCUCGUGACCUUUUCCACCUUUUGCAGUACUCUGGAGACGUUUUUACUGGUAUUAUUCAAAAAUGUUUAACCUCAAAAGAGUAUAACCACUGCAUUACCUCUUACUUUAACUGUUCUUGGGGAUUGAACAUUGCAAUACAUCCCCUUAUAACAUUAAAACACUCCUCAGAGCUGUAUGAGUUCGCACAAACUCUUUACAGACAGCAUGACAAACACUUUCAGGGGCUGAUCCGAGGGUGUGUUCCCCACUAUUCUGCUUUUUUAAACUGCCAGUGCCUUGUUCUCAUGAAAGGAUGAAACCACUCAAUAAAAAGUGCUGGUAGAAACGUUUGGUGUUACAGAUCAUAAAAAGUCCACAUGGGAGCACAUUGGAAUUGUUGUGGAAGUUUCGUGUAAGUACGCGUAUUUAAGAUUUUGACACAAUUACAAUUUGCUUAUACUUGCUGCUGGUUUUCUUGGAAAGAAAGAAAAUGCAAAAUUAAUUUUCAUUUGCAAAAGCAGAAUUAUUUGAUGUUGUUCUAAACAUGUAAAGUAAAUGGAUAUAUUAGACAUUAUCAGGUUGUGGAAACCAAAAUUCUUGUUCACAGUAUCAGGUGCUCAUUGGAGAGCUUAAGUAAAACUAUGGUAAAGUAAAGAAUCAAAUCAGACUCAAAACUAACCAAACUCUGUAGUUAGUUAAUAUAAAGAACGUAUUAACUUAUGGAAAUAACACUUGUCUACCAGUCUAGACUUGACUCACUUGCUUGGUCAGACCUGAAUAGCAGUAUAACUGAUGCAAUGUCAAAGUUGUGCAACUUCUCUUAUAAGAGAAGCUAAAAUAAAAGAAACCUUCCAUUCAAACUGCAACUUCAAUGUUUUGGUUAUCUUGCUAAGGGUAAUCUAAGAACUUGCUGUUAAGAUUUCAGUCUGUACACCAAAGCAUAGCUAUCGAACAUGCUGCAAAAACAUUCUGCUACCUGAACACUCCAGAGGCAGAUCACAGUCUCUCCAGGAGAAUGUCUGAAAUUCAUCCUGAUCCUGAUUUGAGCAGUUUCUUUCUCUUCAUUACAUAUAACAAAUGUUAUCAGCUCAGUCAUUACACGAGUUAUACGUCUUUAUAACACUGCAGUAUGUCCUCAUUUCAGAUGUGGUGCCCUCAUGUCUUCUCCCUGAUUCUCCUGAGCAUGCAAACUGCAGAAUGUGCUUACAUCUCUAUGCUUUUGACUUUUACAUCAGCUACAGUCUGCCUAACCACAGCAGUCCAAUAUAUUGUUGCUAACGUACACUAUGCAUGUCACAUUGUAGAAUAGGCAUUCCGACGGACUACACAUCAUCAUGUGAUACUGCACUAUUAAUACUAAUACACUGUUUUUAAAAACUUUUACAUCUACAAAUUGUUUUGUAUCGUUUGAUGGCUUUUAUGAGAGAAUAUUUUUACUUUGUUUUUCAUAUACUGGUCAGUGUUUGUACACUAGAAGGAAGAAAUUGGUCAUUUUAAGCGUUCUCCUAUUCGAGUAGUCAAUUUGCAGAAACAUAAAGUGCCUUUUUGUUUGUACUUAGUUGGAAUCUCAAUGACUUUUUCUUUUUUGGUGCUUGGAAACCAGAAAUUCUAAUGUUGUGGUUUUAAAUAAUUUGUGUUUUGUAAUAUAUUUCCAACUAGACUGUGCAUUUCACCUUUCUUAGCUGAUGUGAGUGUAUUGAUAUAUUGGUUAACUACACUGGGCUACUGUUGAACAGUGAAUGGUGGUUCCUUCAUUAAAAUAUGUCUAGUAUUUUCUUUUUCUUUUUUUAAAUAAACAAAUGCAAAGUGGCCGUUUCUCAAAAUA